UCCUCAUUCUGCCUAACGAGGCAGGGUAACAGUAUCUAACAUGUAUUCAUGGUCUCUGUUUCUCUCUGCUCUGUAUCUCAUGGAUUGGUUUGUAGGACUACAAGGUCAUACCAGUGAUCCAACGACCGCUCCUCAAGGACCAGACAACCACCGAGCCACUGAGGGGGAGGUCCGCUUUGUGAAUGGAGGGAAUGGCUCCUGUUCAGGCAGGGUGGAGGUCUUCCUCCAGGGCCAGUGGGCCACAGUUUGUGAUGAUGGCUGGGACCUGGCCGAUGCCCAGGUGGUGUGUAGACAGUUGGGCUGUGGGAGGGUGCUGUCUGCACCACGUGGGGCCACUUUUGGACCUGGUCAAGGGCCUAUAGGGUUGGCUAAUGUCAAAUGCAAUGGCCACGAAUCUGAGCUCACACAGUGUGGCCAUAGAGUGCCGACCCACUGGUGUGGUCACAGUGAGGACGCUGGUGUUGUCUGUGAAGCUGCCUCUCCAGUGAGACAGGUCAACGGUCUCUCCAAGUACCCCUGUUCAGGCAGGGUGGAGGUCUUCCUCCAGGGCCAGUGGGGCACAGUUUGUGAUGAUCACUGGGACCUGAAGGAUGCCCAGGUGGUUUGUGUACAGCUGGGCUGUGGCAGUGCCAUAUCAGCCACCAACAAGGCAUAUUUUGGACCGGGAACAGGACCCAUCUGGUUGGACGAUGUCAACUGUGGAGGAAGAGAAACGUCAAUAACCGACUGUGAACAUCAAGGGUUUGGUUCUCAGAACUGCAAACACGCUCAAGACGCUGGCAUCAUCUGUGAUGCUGCCUCUCCAGUGAGACUGGUCAACGGUCUCUCCAACAACCCCUGUUCAGGCAGGGUGGAGGUCCUCCUCUAUGGCCAGUGGGCCACAGUUUGUGAUGAUCGCUGGGACCCGGCCGAUGCCCAGGUGGUGUGUAGAGAGUUGGGCUGUGGGAGGGUGCUGUCUGCACCACAUGGGGCCACUUUUGGACCUGGACAAGGGCCAAUAGGGUUGGAUGAUGUCAACUGCAAUGGCCACGAAUCUGAGCUCACACAGUGUGGCCACAGCGGACUGUGGACCCACGACUGUGGUCACCAGCAGGACGCUGGAGUUGUCUGUGAAGCUGGCCCUCCAGUGAGACUGGUCAACGGUCUCUCCAACAACCCCUGUUCAGGCAGGGUGGAGGUCUUCCUCCAGGGCCAGUGGGGCACAGUUUGUCAUCAUGGCUGGGACCUGAAUGAUGCCCAGGUGGUUUGUACACAGCUGGGGUGUGGCAGUGCCAUAUCAGCCACCAACGAGGCAUAUUUUGGACAGGGAACAGGACCCAUCUGGUUGGACGAUGUCCACUGUGGAGGAAAUGAAGCGUCAUUAACCGACUGUGAACAUCAAGGGUUUGGUUCUCGGAACUGCAAACACGUUCAAGACGCUGGCAUCAUCUGUGAUGCUGUCCCUCCAGUGAGACUGGUCAACGGUACCUCCAACAACCCCUGUUCAGGCAGGGUGGAGGUCUUCAUCCAGGGCCAGUGGGCCACAGUUUGUGAUGAUGACUGGGGCCUGGCCGAUGCCCAGGUGGUGUGUAGACAGUUGGGCUGUGGCAGGGUGCUGUCUGCACCACAUGGGGCCACUUUUGGACGUGGACAAGGGCCUAUAGGGUUGGAUGAUGUCAACUGCAAUGGCCACGAAUCUGAUCUCACACAGUGUCGCCACACAGGACCGUGGCCCUACAGCUGUGGUCACCAGCAGGAUGCUGGUGCUGUCUGUGAAGGUAAUACAUUUAACAUUGCCAUAUCAGCCACCAACGAGGCAUAUUUUGGACCGGGAACAGGACCCAUCUGGUUGGACGAUGUCAACUGUGGAGGAAAUGAAACGUCGAUAACCGACUGUGAACAUCGAGGGUUUGGUUCUCAAAACUGCAAACACGCUCAAGACGCUGGCAUCAUCUGUGAUGCUUCAACUCCAGUGCGACUGGUCAACGGUCUCUCCAACAACCCCUGUUCAGGCAGGGUGGAGGUCCUCCUCUAUGGCCUUUGGGCCACAGUUUGUGAUCAUGGCUGGGACCUGAAGGAUGCCCAGGUGGUGUGUAGACAGUUGGGCUGUGGGAGGGUGCUGUCUGCACCACUUGGGGCCACCUUUGGACCCGGCCAAGGGCCUAUAGGGUUGGGUCAUGUCACCUGCAAUGGUUACGAAUCUAACCUCACACAUUGUGGCCACACAGGACUGUGGACCCACUACUGUGGUCACCAUGAGGACGCUGGAGUUGUCUGUGAAGCUGGCCCUCCAGUGAGACUGGUCAACGGUCUCUCCAACAACUCCUGUUCAGGCAGGGUGGAGGUCUUCCUCCAGGGCCAGUGGGCCACAGUUUGUGAUGAUGACUGGGACCUGGUCGAUGCCCAGGUGGUGUGUAGACAGUUGGGCUGUGGGAGGGUGCUGUCUGCACCACUUGGUGCCACUUUUGGACCUGGCCAAGGGCCAAUAGGGUUGGAUGAUAUCAAAUGCACUGGCCAUGAAUCUGAUCUCACACAGUGUGGCCACAGAGGACUGUGGACCCACGACUGUGGUCACCAGCAGGACGCUGGAGUUGUCUGUGAAGGUCAUACCAGUGAUCCAACGACCGCUCCUCAAGGACCAGACGACCACCGAGCCACUGAGGGGGAGGUCCGCUUGGUGAAUGGGGGGAAUGGCUCCUGUUCAGGCAGGGUGGAGGUCUUCCUCCAGGGCCAGUGGGCCACAGUUUGUGAUGAUGGCUGGGACCUGGCCGAUGCCCAGGUGGUGUGUAGACAGGUGGGCUGUGGGAGGGUGCUGUCUGCACCACGUGGGGCCACCUUUGGACCUGGUCAAGGGCCUAUAGGGUUGGCUAAUGUCAAAUGCAAUGGCCACGAAUCUGAGCUCACACAGUGUGGCCAUAGAGUGCCGACCCACUGGUGUGGUCACAGUGAGGACGCUGGUGUUGUCUGUGAAGCUGCCUCUCCAGUGAGACAGGUCAACGGUAUCUCCAAGUACCCCUGUUCAGGCAGGGUGGAGGUCUUCCUCCAGGGCCAGUGGGGCACAGUUUGUGAUGAUCACUGGGACCUGAAUGAUGCCCAGGUGGUUUGUGUACAGCUGGGCUGUGGCAGUGCCAUAUCAGCCACCAACAAGGCAUAUUUUGGACCGGGAGCAGGACCCAUCUGGUUGGACGAUGUCAACUGUGGAGGAAGAGAAACGUCAAUAACCGACUGUGAACAUCAAGGGUUUGGUUCUCAGAACUGCAAACACGCUCAAGACGCUGGCAUCAUCUGUGAUGCUGCCUCUCCAGUGAGACUGGUCAACGGUCUCUCCAACAACCCCUGUUCAGGCAGGGUGGAGGUCCUCCUCUAUGGCCAGUGGGCCACAGUCUGUGAUGAUGGCUGGGGCCUGGCCGAUGCCCAGGUGGUGUGUAGACAGUUGGGCUGUGGGAGGGUGCUGUCUGCACCACAUGGGGCCACUUUUGGACCUGGCCAAGGGCCAAUAGGGUUGGAUGAUGUCAACUGCAAUGGCCACGAAUCUGAGCUCACACAGUGUGGCCACAGUGGACUGUGGACCCACGACUGUGGUCACCAGCAGGACGCUGGAGUUGUCUGUGAAGCUGGCCCUCCAGUGAGACUGGUCAACGGUCUCUCCAACAACCCCUGUUCAGGCAGGGUGGAGGUCUUCCUCCAGGGCCAGUGGGGCACAGUUUGUCAUCAUGGCUGGGACCUGAAUGAUGCCCAGGUGGUUUGUACACAGCUGGGCUGUGGCAGUGUCAUAUCAGCCACCAACAAGGCAUAUUUUGGACCGGGAACAGGACCCAUCUGGUUGGACGAUGUCAACUGUGGAGGAAAUGAAACGUCAAUAACCGACUGUGAACAUCAAGGGUUUGGUUCUAAGAACUGCAAUCACGCUCAAGACGCUGGCAUCAUCUGUGAUGCUUCAACUCCAGUGAGACUGGUCAACGGUCUCUCCAACAACCCCUGUUCAGGCAGGGUGGAGGUCCUCCUCUAUGGCCAGUGGGCCACAGUUUGUGAUCGUGGCUGGGACUUGGUCGAUGCCCAGGUGGUGUGUAGACAGUUGGGCUGUGGGAGGGUGCUGUCUGCACCACAUGGGGCCACUUUUGGACCUGGACAAGGGCCAAUAGGGUUGGAUGAUGUCAACUGCAAUGGCCACGAAUCUGAGCUCACACAGUGUGGCCACAGCGGACUGUGGACCCACAACUGUGGUCACCAGCAGGACGCUGGAGUUGUCUGUGAAGGUAUUCCUGGCAACAAAAACAAUCUGAAAUUAAUUAACCUCUGGCGUUCGGCCUUCGUCAUUCCCAUCAUCAUUCUGGUCAUUCUUUAUUGCUGGAGGAAAAAGAAGCAUCAUACAGAAAACCUUGAUUCUGAACUGUGUCCAAACUGUGACCAAGCUGCCGCCAUCUAUAUGAAUGUGAGCCUGUUAGGACCCCCUCCUCUCCCUUUGGAGCCCACUGACAUAGAACUCAACCCCAUAAGCACCUAGGAGGCUCUAUGGGAGAUAUUAGCUGGAGGUUUAAACUUCUGCUGCCCCUGAGAUGAACCCCGGUUACUGAGCUGACUCCAAGUGGACCCCUUAAAGCUGUGAACCCGUCUAUUCCUGGCUCACCUCAUCCUGACAGGAGGAGAGGGGGAGGGCUUUAUGACAGCCACAAUGAACAAAGGAGCCCCCUUCAUUCUUCCUCUCACUUUACUUAGAAUGACUUGUGUUAAUGUUAACUAGUUAAUGUUACAAUCAAAGACUGCCUGCGUUAUGAAUGUAUUCCAAAAUCACACAUGUUGCUUUUUCAUUUGAAUGCAUGCUUAUUGUCUUAGUAGAAGGGAUUGUCAUUGUUCUCGUGCAUGUCACAUCUUUAUGUUAACCCAUAUAUGUGGUAUAGAGGUUUGAUUCCUGUGAUUAUACUUGGCUACUUUAUGCAUCGGGUGUUGUGAUUGGCCAGUGCAUGUGAGAGGCAUCCAAAAUUUUUUGAAAAUAACAUGAAGCCUGAGUCCUUCGCAAACCAACUAAUGUUUUGCGCUUGUGUCUUUUUCUUUCAAACUUCAGCUUACUCAACCAAUAUUAUUUCCGUCUUUUCCGCCAUUCCGUCUUUUCAGGCCUCUUUUUUUUUUACUUGUGAAUUGGGAUUCAAGUGGCCUAAAAGAUUCCCUUUGGCCAAGUCCGACCUGGGUGAAUCUCACUGUUGGCGACAACCUUAUUGAAAUCAAUCCGACAAGAAGUGAUGGAUCGAAAGAGCGCUUGUUGUAGUCCAUCUUCGGAAAAUUGUAGUUUCACCCUAGCGACGCUAGAGGUCAGCAAUACUCACUGCCGCACAAUUCAUUUUAAACAGGGCUGGCUUUUCCUCUGUUUGAAAGGAAGCAGCUUUUCAUCUCUCCUUCACCCGAUGACUUCCACAAAGGUUAAGGAAAGGUGGUAUAAAGGUGAGGAGAUUUGACUUUCUGAAUUGGGCCCUGGCAGCAGUACUGUUAUGCACAGGGGCGUAGCCAGGAUUUUAGGGCCCCAUGAAAGGUUAUCUGUAUGGCCCCUAUGGUACGCAGGCCACAUUUUGUCCACCAUUCAUUCUAAAUCUAUUACAAUUAUUUCACGUAAUGUAGACAAUAUAUUGGGGACAUAUCUGCCCAAAGCUGGUACUGCUGCUUUACUUUUUAUCAUUUACUUAUUUUCAAGAACAUUAUCUCUUUUCAUUGUUCAAAAAAUUUCUGAAUUGUUUUAAUUUUAAAAUGUAAUAGCCAAAUACGAUACUUCAUGACCUAUUGAUGAAUGAGAUAUCACUUAAAUUUCAGAGCCCUUUCAAGAGUCCUUCCCUCUCAGGCUUAACUCUCCUCACCUUUAACCCUUUUGCCUCGCUGCUGGUUAUAAAAAUGUAAAAUAACAUCCAUAUUUGUUUCAUGUGAUGUAGAUAUGAAAGGAUUUCUGAAUACGUAAUUACAUUUAGUUUGUGAUGUACCACAAUUGUUGAAUGUUUCAUGAAGUUGUAUAGUUCUAGAUACAUAUAUGCUUCUGAAUUGUAGUAGCAUAAGGAACAUAGUAGUUGCAGAUCUAUAUAAUCUAUUAUUUCUCUAU